CCUUCAAACAUAAACACACACAAAAGCCACGCGUUAUUUAGGGGGGAGGAAUAAGAGCAAUAAGGAUAUUCCUGUGCUCGCAGUGCCUUGUGGCUCACUGCUAUAAAGCUUCCAGCUCACAACCCCGUGGUGGCAACCAGAGCUGCGUGCAGCCUAAAGCACCGACAGCGCCGUGCUGCCACAACGACCCACGUCCGGGCGCCGGGACCCACCGGGUGUGUGCGGCCGGCAGCGCUAAGGAGGAUCCACGGCACGACCCGGGCGCCUCACACACCGAGCACAGCGAUGAUGGCGGCGCUUCUCGCGAGUGUUGGAGACGGCACUGCUCGCGAGAGCCCGCAGCGCCAACGGAGCGCGAGUAGCCGGCGGUUCGAAAGCAGCGGCGGGAUCCGGAGCUGUGGAGCUGUGCUGAGUGCUCUGCGUUGCAGCCAUCGCUGUGCUGUGUGUCCGGGCGAUGGAUGUGUCCAGGGGCUUCUUCGGCAAGCUGCGCUCUCUGGCCCUCACGUUAGAGAAGGAGGUGAAGCAUCUGGAGCGGGCGAUGAACGGGGAGGACGCGGACUAUGAAGAGGAAUCUCCAAUGAGAGUUUUGCAAGACCUACACUCUGAAAUCAGGACUGUGAAGGAAGAUGCUAGUGCCGUUCUUGCCAAGAGUUCCUCUGAGAAAAAAGAAGUUAAUGACUUUCUGAAGGCAACUGAGAUCUUGAUGCAGAGAAGUGCAGAGGAUCUUGCAAAAAUAAGAGAGGUAUUCGAGAAAUACGGCUACAAACCACAGGUCGAAGUCCCUACAGAGGAGCAGGAAGAGGAGGCGAAUGGUGAUUCAAAGACAUCUGACCAGAGUAAAUCAGAUCAAGAGCAAGCGGAUGAUGUACCUCCUCUUCCUGCCUGUGCUGAGAACCCGGCUGAGCCCAGAGACCCACUGUGGAACCCACAGCUUUCUGAUUUUGGCCUUUCACAUUAUGCUUUCUCCAGGCCCCGGAGAGCAUUGCAUGGACAACAACAUGCAGCAAAUGCCAGUCAAGAAAAUGCAGAGCACAAAACUCCCCCAAAAACACAGGCCCCUUGUGCUCUGCCCAAAACACCCAAAUGCAUGUUAAAGAUGGAUGACUUUGAGUGCGUAACGCCAAAACUGGAACACUUUGGCAUUAGCGAACACACCAUGUGUAUGAAUGAAGAUUACACGAUGACUCUCAUAUGUAAAACUGCUCAGUCAAACAACUCAGUUAAAACAGGUGAUCGUGAAGUGAAUGUAGCAAAAAUGCCGCCCAUGGAAACGGCAGUUACUCCUGAGCCGAAAACAAAAGCAACAGAUGAGAACGUUCCAGCAGCUGACUAUAUGGCUUCUCCUGUAAUGCCCGUGUUCUGCACACCGUGUUUUGCACCUGGUGUGAAAAUCCCUUCCCGAGCAGACAGUGCGGUGUCAGCCAGGUCACCAGAAAGAGACAAACUGCCUCUUCCCAGCCACGCAGCAACGCCGCCACCUCCAGAUUUUGAAGCCAGAUGGCUGAAAGGAGGAGUUCUGGAAAUGCAAGAGAAGAAGAUCACCUUGGUGACCGAAAACAAUGCAACAGAGAAACAAAGCAUAGAAGGCAGCAUUCCUUCUGCUGUGAGCUCUGAUGCGUAUCUCCAACAUUUGGGGAACCAAUCUCCUCCCAAAAUAAAACAGUACGACCAUUUACUCAGCACUCCUCCACCUCCAGAAAUAACGAGGAUACCCGAUGAUGUACUGCAGAUUCUGUCAAAGUAUAACCAUAAAGUAGAUUCUUCUGUAUCUAAGAAAGUGGAGACUAAGGCAGGAGAUGCUGCAAGAUUUGGAAGUGAUUUCAGUGCUUACUGCAGCAAAGAGAACAGAGGAUAUCCAGGUGUUUUCAAGCCAGACAUUUGAAAUCAAGCUGAAGACUGUGUUUCACAUUUGUGGAUCAUGUCACUGAACCAUAGAGAGCUCAAAAAGCAGAAAAGAAAUACUGGGAGGACCCACAGAAGGAGAAUUUCUUUUUUUCUGGAGAAAACUUGGUGUGUAUUAACUCUCUUGAACUAACAAUUUUGUGAUUUAAUUUUUUCAUUAAAAUUAGUGCCAAAAUAGA